AUGACCAGCAGGUGUAUCCUCCAAACUGCUCUCCUGGUAUAUUUUUCCACCACGGUUCUUGCCAUGAACUAUAACUUGCUUCGAUUCCAACUAAGCAGCAGCAGUGUGGAGUGCCAGGAGCUCCUUCUGCAGUUGAAUGGAACUUCUAAAGAUUGCCUCAAGGACAGGAUGAACUUCAAGAUACCUGAGGAGAUCCAGAAAUCCCAGCAGUUCCAGAAGGAGGACAUCGUAUUGGUCACCCUUGAGAUGUUCCAGAAGACCUCUGAUAUUUUCAGGAGAAAUCUCUCAAGCACGGGAUGGAAUGAGAGCAUUGUCGAGAACCUCCUUGCCACACUCCACUGGCAGAAGGAACAUCUGGAGGAAAUCCUGGAGGACAUCAUGCAGGAGGAAAACUUCACUUGGGACCACAGGACCCUUCUGCACCUGAAGAGAUAUUAUCUAAGGAUCGUGCGGUACCUGAAAGCCAAGGAGUACAGCGUCUGUGCCUGGACAAUAGUGCAAGCAGAAAUCCUCAAAAGCUUUUUCUUCCUUGAUAAACUUACAGAUUCUCUCCCUAACUGA